AUGGCUUCCAAGGAUGUCAAAGUAGGAGACAAGAGGAAGGCUUCGUCGGCCGUCAAGGGCAAGACUGACGGCAAGGCGAAGAAGGCCAAGCUGGACUCGUCCAAGCCGGCAAAGAGGCCGACCAAGGAAUCCUCGGACGACUUUGAAAGUUUCUCGGACGAGGAGGAAGAUGGUGGCGUUAAAUUGGAAGCCGACUCGACCGCGGCGGCGGCCAAGGGCACCGACGGCGGAGACAAGAACGGCUUCGACCGCACCGGCAUGACGUCGCGGGAAUCGCACGCGAAGCAGAAGCAACUGGCACAGGAACGAAAGGCGGCGAAGCCUCUUGCCGACGAGGUCCAGCGCACCAAGAAGAUCUGGGAGAAGCUGCGAAGAAAAUCCCACGUGCCCAAGGAGGAGCGUCAGAAGCUUGUCGAGGAGCUGUUCGAAAUCAUCACCGGCCGCUGCAAGGACUUUGUGCUGAAGCAUGACGCCGUCCGAGCGGUCCAGACGGCCAUCAAGUAUUCGACGCCCGAGCAGAGAAGGCAGAUCGCCAAGGAACUCGAGGGCAGCUACGCACAGCUCGCCGAGAGUAGGUAUGCCAAGUUUUUGAUCGGCAAGCUGCUGGUCCAGAGCGACGACGAGAUCCGCGAUCUUAUCAUCCCCAACUUCUACGGCAAGGUCCGCAAGCUCAUCAACCACGCCGAGGCGUCGUGGAUCCUCGACGACGUGUACCGAACGGUGGCGACGAAGGAGCACAAGGCCCGUCUGCUGCGCGAGUGGUACGGCCCCGAGUUUUCUCUCCGCGAAAUGACAAAGGACGCAAAGGUCACGUCGGACCUGAAGGAGAUCCUGGACAAGGAGGCCAACAAGCGGGGCCCCAUCAUGAAGAGCCUGCUGGACAUGAUCAACACGCUGAUCCAGAAGAAGUUGACGGGAUUCACGAUGCUGCACGACGCGAUGCUGCAGUACUUCAACAACGUCCGGCCCGGCACCGAGGAGUUUACCGAGUUCAUCGAGCUUAUCAAGGGAGACGAGAGCGGCGAUCUGCUCAAGAACAUGGCCUUUACAAAGUCGGGCGCUCGGCUAAGCUGCCUGAUCAUCGCCCACGGCACGGCAAAGGACCGAAAGCAGAUCCUCAAGACGUACAAGGAGACGCUGGUCCUCAUGUCGGGCGACGCGUACGCUCACGUCGUAAUCCUCGCGGCCUACGACGUCAUCGACGACACCAAGCUCGUGGCCAAGUCCAUAUUCCCCGAGCUCGUGGGCGAGAAGGAAGAGGAUGUGGUGCAGAACAUAGUCGGAGCCAUCAACAACGCCAACGCGAGGACGACGCUGCUCUACCCCUUCCAGGGGCUGGCGAGGUCCCUCUUCCCACCUAGUCACGGUCUCGACUGGGAGAUUCUGGAGCAGGUUCGCGAGAUCCGCAAGGCGACGAGCAAGAAGGACGACGACGUGCGGCGCAAGGAGCUCGCGCUGGCGCUGGCACCGAUGCUGCUGCCCGUGAUCGAGGCCGCGCCGUCGGAGCUGACGUCGACCCCGUUCGGCUGCCAGUUUGUCGCCGACGUCCUUCUUUCCGAGGUCGCCGGCAAGGAGAAGGCGCUCGAGGCCGUAGCUAAUGCGGCGGCCGGCGAUCCCAAGGCACAACCGGCCGAGGAUUCGCUGGUGCCGUCGACGGCGCACAUUUCGCAGACAGCCUUUGGCGGCCGCAUGCUGAAGUCGCUGAUCCAAGGCGGCCGGUUCGACAAGGCGGCCGGAAAGGUGGUCCCUAUCGAGCCACCGUUGGCCUUUGCCGACCACCUGUACCCGGUCAUCAAGGAGCACCUCAUGGACUGGGCCACCGGUCCCAGCUCCUUUGUCGUCGUCGGCUUGGUCGAGGCGGCAUCCUUUGGUGAAUGCCACAAGGUGAAGAAGACGUUGCAGAAGAACCGGAAGCUGUUGGAGAAGGCGGCGACGGAGAUGACUGCGGAGCAGAAGGCGGCGAAGGAGGCCAAGGAGGAAAAGGCGGCCGAGGGCAACGGCAAGAAGGGCAAGAAGAAGGUCGAGGCAGCAGUUGGCAACAUGGGAAGCAAGCUGCUGCUGGAGAAGCUGACUUGA